AUGGCUAGUAAUAAUGAAUCUAAUACGACACGUAUUGUGUGUAUAAGUGACACACAUUCACGUUAUCAGUUUGAACUUCCGCCGGGAGAUAUACUUGUUCAUGCUGGUGAUUUUUCAUUAGACGGUCGACAAACUGAAAUAGAAGAAUUUCUAAAAUAUCUAAAAGGUUUAACACAAUAUCGUUUAAAAAUAUUUAUUGCUGGUAAUCAUGAUUUAACUCUUGAACCGAAAUUCUAUGAAGAAACAUGGAAACGAUGGCAUUUUAGAGGAAAACAAGAUUAUGAAUUAAUCGGACGUUUAAUACGUGAUCCAUCAUUAGCUACAGAGCAUGGAAUUAUUUAUUUAGAACAACAAGAAUUUAUUGAUCCUCAAACAGGAUUAAAAUUUUUUGGAAGUCCAUAUCAACCUGAAUUUUGUGAUUGGGCAUUUAAUUUACCUGCUAAUAGUCCUGCAAUUAAACAAGUGUGGUCAAAAAUUCCUGAUGAUGUUGACGUACUUAUUACACAUGGUCCACCUGCAAAUAUUCUCGAUCAAACAUAUACAAAUGAACAUGUUGGUUGUGCUCAAUUACUUGUACGUGUUCAAAAAAUCAAACCAAAAUUACAUGUAUUCGGUCAUAUACAUGAAGCAUAUGGUCGUGAAGAACACGACUCAACUAUAUUUGUUAAUGCCUCAACAUGUGAUUUACGUUAUAAACCUCGUCAACCACCGAUUGUUGUUGAAUUAGCCGUAAAAGGGACGAAAUGA